UUGUUUAGUUUUUUAAUUAACGCCUGAUGGGAGAGAAAGUCAAUUGAAAAGUAUUCAACUCAGUGCUGCACAUUGUUAAAUAAAUUAGUGUACAAAUUAUUCCUCGUGAUUUGCUCGACAAUAAACCAUCCAGAAUGGAUCAACUGCAGCUGUUGCGGCAGAUGGUUCAGCACAACCGGUGCCUCACUUGUUUCGACCGUGUGGAGGCCGACGCUCGCACUACCGAGGACUUGGAAGUGUUUCAAAUCGUCAGGCAGCACCUGUGGUUCACGGAAACGGAUUUGACACAGACCGCCUCGAUUUGCGCCGGUUGCUGGGAGAGUAUCGAUGGGUUCCAUCAGUUUUAUGUGGGCGCUCAACAGCUCUACGAAAGGAAAGAAAUGCCUUUCGGUUUGGAGCAAAAAUGCAUUAAGGAGGAACGGACGGAGGUUUUCUUGGUGGAAAUGGGACAAGCGGACGAAAUGGAGAUCAAGCAGGAAUGCGAUGAAAUCGAGGACAGUGAUGCUUUGGUGCAUGAACAGAGUCAGGAAGCGAAUGACGUGUUGGUUGAUCAGCAGAUGAAGGAGGAAUCCGAGCAUUAUAGCGAUGAUGAGGAUGACGAUGCGGAGGAUGAUGGUGAUAGAGAGGACGAAGGCGAUGAUCCGGAUCAAGUAAUAAAGCAGCACGUAGUAUUGGAUUGCGACCAGUGCGAAGCAUCAGACUUUUCAUUCAAAGGCUUGAUGACGCAUUUGCAGAAAUCUCACAAUGUGAUUAAAUGUUACGUGACAUGCUGUGGUGGUCGCUACCAUACGCGGGUUCGCCUGCUGGAACAUGUACAAUACGUACAAGACCCAACGUCUUUCAAAUGCGAACACUGCGAGAAGCCACAUUAUUUCAUCAACGGUCCGGCGUUGAAGCGACAUUUGAAGGUGAAGCACAAGCUCCAAGUGACAACACGUUCUUAUAAUUUGACGAAUCGCCUCAACAAAACGAAAACGCCAGCCGAAAAGUCUGAGGAGCAACUGAAGAGAAUCGAAGAGCUGGAGAAGCGGCGUACGAGCAAGGCCGCCGAAGAUAAAAUGAUGCGGGAUCAUGUCCAGUUUGGGUGUAUUCCGUGCGGAACGACGUUCGAGACGUACGGUGAGCUGUUCCGGCACAGCCGGAUCGAACACAAGCAGAAACCGGUGGUGGUGUGCUGUGGCAAUCGUUACCACAACCGGCCACGAUUGCUGCAGCAUAUUCAGUCGGUGGUAAAUCCGGUGGCGUUCCGGUGCGAGCUGUGCUUCCGAUGCUUCAAGAGCGACUACGCCAGGAACAAACACGUGGCGGAGAUGCACCCGACGGACGACGCUAUCAAGUAUCAGUGCGAACGCUGCCCGAAGGUGUUCAUCCGGGAGAUCAAAUUCCGGCAGCAUAUGCAGGAUCACGAGGACUGCGACAAGGAUCAGAUCAAGUGCGAGUACUGCGGAAAACUAUAUAAAAGCCGCCACAUCUUGUACAUGCACGUGCGCAACAAACAUCAGGCGCCCCGAUACGUAUGCGACAUCUGCGCCAAACCGUUCUUCAUGCGGUCGGAGUUCAACAAACAUAAGAUGCAGCACGAAAACCCAGACAAGCUGAAAAUGCAAUGCCAGCACUGUCUGAAAUGGUUGAAGAACCGCGAGUACUGGCGGGCGCAUAUCCGGCUGCACGUGGUCGGUGAGGUAAAAUGCGAAAUUUGCGGCCGAGUCACCCCGAACCGGGUGGCCUAUCGGGCGCACAAGAAGAAUGCCCACGGGGCGCGGAACCACAAGUGCGAAUGGUGCGGCAAGAGUUUCAACAAGGCGAUCACCCUGAGGGAACACGUGGCCUCCAAGCACACCGGAGCUACGCUGUAUUCGUGCAGUUUUUGUCCGAAGACUUUUAACUCGAAUGCCAACAUGCACUCGCACCAGAAAAAGAUGCACCCCGUGGAGUGGCUGGAGGCGAAGAAUAACAAGGCGAUGGCGGCCGGGCCAGAAGGGCCUAAGGAGGUGGAAACUGACGAGGAAUCGCCCAAUACUUAAGGCGCAGAUAAAGAACACAACAGAGUAAGACGAGGGCUUUUAUGGUCUAGUGCAGAUCAAGCAGCGAUCUUUGUAGUUGCUUGCUAACGCCAUCUGGUGUCCAGUUUUCCACCGACGACGGUGGAAUUAAAAGAUGACGCGAAUGUUUUCGUGUUCAAGAAAUGUUACAAACGAAAUGUCUGUUUAGAUUUGAAGAGUUCUAGUGAUGUGUGACUAAAAUGUGGACGCUUCACAAUAAAGUGAAAACUUUCUUGAAAAAAAUAUCAAUUGAUUGGUAAAACUAUCCAUAAAACCCGUAUUUCUAGAGAAAAAAAAUGAAAUUCAAAUAUAUCUUAAAAACAAGUUUUAAAAUGUUUGAAAAAUUUCUUCUUUAUUAUGAAGCGUUUAUCCGCAUGCUGUGAUGUUUGAACUCGACGUGUUUCGCGAUAGAAUCUUGUUAAGGUAAGAAUGAAAUAAAUGCAAUUGAAAGCUC